GCAGGGGCGGGCGCCGAGCAGAGCGAGCUGCGGCCGUGGCAGCUGCGCGGCUCCUGGCCCCGGAGCAUGCGCGAGAGCCGCCCCGGAGCGCCCCGGAGCCCCCCGCCGUCCCGCCCGCGGCGUCCCGCGCCCCGCCGCCAGCGCACCCCCGGACGCUAUGGCCCACCCCUCCGGCUGGCCCCUUCUGUAGGAUGGUAGCACACAACCAGGUGGCAGCCGACAAUGCAGUCUCCACAGCAGCAGAGCCCCGACGGCGGCCAGAACCUUCCUCCUCUUCCUCCUCCUCGUCCGCGGCCCCCGCGCGCCCGCGGCCGUGCCCCGCGGUCCCGGCCCCGGCCCCCGGCGACACGCACUUCCGCACAUUCCGUUCGCACGCCGAUUACCGGCGCAUCACACGCGCCAGCGCGCUCCUGGACGCCUGCGGAUUCUACUGGGGGCCCCUGAGCGUGCACGGGGCGCACGAGCGGCUGCGCGCCGAGCCCGUGGGCACCUUCCUGGUGCGCGACAGCCGCCAGCGGAACUGCUUCUUCGCCCUUAGCGUGAAGAUGGCCUCGGGACCCACGAGCAUCCGCGUGCACUUUCAGGCCGGGCGCUUUCACCUGGAUGGCAGCCGCGAGAGCUUCGACUGCCUCUUCGAGCUGCUGGAGCACUACGUGGCGGCGCCGCGCCGCAUGCUGGGGGCCCCGCUGCGCCAGCGCCGCGUGCGGCCGCUGCAGGAGCUGUGCCGCCAGCGCAUCGUGGCUACCGUGGGCCGCGAGAACCUGGCUCGCAUCCCCCUCAACCCCGUCCUCCGCGACUACCUGAGCUCCUUCCCCUUCCAGAUUUGACCGGCAGCGCCCGCCGUGCACGCAGCAUUAACUGGGAUGCCGUGUUAUUUUCUGUUAUUACUUGCCUGGAACCAUGUGGGUACCCUCCCCGGCCUGGGUUGGAGGGAGCGGAUGGGUGUAGGGGCGAGGCGCCUCCCGCCCUCGGCUGGAGACGAGGCCGCAGACCCCUUCUCACCUCUUGAGGGGGUCCUCCCCCUCCUGGUGCUCCCUCUGGGUCCCCCUGGUUGUUGUAGCAGCUUAACUUAACUGUAUCUGGAGCCAGGACCUGAACUCGCACCUCCUACCUCUUCAUGUUUACAUAUACCCAGUAUCUUUGCACAAACCAGGGGUUGGGGGAGGGUCUCUGGCUUUAUUUUUCUGCUGUGCAGAAUCCUAUUUUAUAUUUUUAAAGUCAGUUUAGGUAAUAAACUUUAUUAUGAAAGUUUUUUUUUUUAAAAAAAAAAAUAAGUUUUCUAGCGAGUGUGCUUUGGCCAAAAGUUUAACUUGGUUCUGAACAGGCCCAGGGGAGAGGGUCCUAAGGCUGACCUGCUGGGCUGCAGGUGGUGUACGGGGCCUGCUCUGUGGCUGGGCAUCCCUCACGGUUCCACCCACAACUCUCCAGGGAGAGAAACGGUUGGUCUAGUUUUGGCGUGUGUCCGGUAAGACAGCAGCUCGCGUUUGAGCACUUUGUGCGUGCCAGCCCUAAUUCUGUGCUUUGCAUACUUAAAUUUACUUAAUCCUAUAAAGAGAGGCACAACCCUGUGAGGCACGGGCUCUUAUUUCCAUUCUACAGAAGGGAAAACUGAGUAAAUCUGCCUGUGGCCAUUCCUGUCAAAGACAACACUUGGGCCUUUUUUUGGCUGUCCACUAAGCAUCUGCUUGAAAUGGAUAACAGAGAGGAAACUUCUUUGGUUCUAUGACCACAACAGCUUCCAGGAAGGGGUGGGGGUGGGGGCUUAGUGAGUUUUUGGACAGAGGAGUGGCACAUUCUGAACCAGCAUCAAGGGAUACUCAGUUGAGAUGAGAUGGGGGAUACAGGGCUGGGUCUAGCUUCCUUCUUCUCACCCUGCUCUGUCUUGUGUACUUUUUGGUGAACACACAACUUGGAGCCAGAAGGAGACUGUGUGGUCUGUGGUGGCGGGAGGGUGCUGCUGGCGGCUAGGGCAAUUCCCCUUGCCUCCCUGGGCCUCCACCUUUCUAAGGGCAACUUUCUGCGCAUCAUAGAGGAGGUUGAUGUUUUCAGGAGCCAGGGAAGGGAAGAGUGGCUCCAGGACGUUUGUGGGGCUGGCCCACAGCACCAGAAAGUGUCCAGGACCUGGGUUUCUGGCAACUUCUGUGUCUUUGGCCAGCCUGACACAUGGGCCAUGGUGGUAACUUGAGGGUUGUACUCAACACAUGGUGAACUGAGUCAUUUUCAGGUUUAGGGUUAAGCAGCCUGGUGGACACGUCAUACUUCAUCUUUAGAAGAUAGAGUGGCCCUCUUCAGCCUUGGAGACACACAUAAUAGUGUUCUAAUGCUUAAUAAUACCUUUCAGACUUGCAAGUACAACAUAAAAUUAACUUGAUGGUCAGAGAGUCAGAGUAGCCCAGGCCUGUCUUGGGGAUUAAGUAGGCUCCAGGACUUUAAGGAUGGCCAGAAGAGAUUUAGGAUCUCAGAGAGCUUUGGCAAUUUCAUCCCUUAGUAAGGUGAAGUGGGAGGGAAGGAGGUGAUGUCUUGUCUCUGUCUCCAAAAAUCUUGCUUUUUGUUUUGUUUUCUUUUCUUUUGCCACACCCCUGCCCUUUCUUCUCUGCUGUGGAUUAAUUAAGUCCUGUCCUUGUUCUUCCCUGUCUGUUGCCUGCUGUGGGCAGUGUCUGGAGAAACAGAAAUCCAAGAUGGCAAUGCUUGGGGAUCUGGUUGUAAUACUAGUAUACUCACAGACCCUUAGUGACCACUCACUGGCUGUGCUGGCCCCAUUUUACAGAUGGGAAAACGGGCUCCGAGAGGCAAAGCAGGACCACAACAAGGGGUGGAGCCAGGUUUUGCAAACCCACUCAGGACUUUUUCAGAGGCUGGGUACCACUAGGCAACCGGAGGACCUAACCGCUGCAGUAAUAAUAGCAGCUGCUCAUAUUUCUAUGUAGCAUUGUCUGUGCAGGAACUGCUCCCAGGUCCCGCAUCACCUGUGUAAAACAUUGAACUCACCCAGCCUUCCGAUGUAGGGACUGUGAACAUCCCUGUUUUACAGAUGGGAAAACAGGUCCUCCUCGAAAGAGGGGUCAGCUAGCAGGUAGCUUGCAAUAUGUUAGUUUUUUUUCCUCCUUUGAAAAAAGUAUGAAAAUCAUAUUUUCCUUACGCAAGUGUUGGGCAUCCAAACCCAUUCCCCUUGCAGAACUUGAAGCAGAACAGCUAAGAGUAAAGGCCCCCUCUGAUCACACUUCCCAGAGCUGGCCCCUUCCUCCCUUUAUGAGUUACUUAAAAUAAAUCCAUACUAACAUAGGUACAGUGACCUAAAGCCCUGGGAGCUGCACCCCACGUCCCGUGUGACAAAGUGUGUGCAGGCACCACUGAAGGGGGAAAAGGCUGUGUGUGUGUGUGUGUGUGUGUGUGUGUGUGUACGCGCACCAGCGCCAUGUGGCUUCCCGGGUGGUGCAGAUUCUGUCUCUCUCUCAAACCUCAGCUUCAUGAUUCAGCAGCGCUGACGUCAAUUUACAAGAAUGAAAAGUGAGAGGAGAGUUUGUGUGUGCAAGAGACUGAGUUGGGGGCCCAGGUGCAGUGGAGGUGUCCUCCCCACUGAGCGGGUGAGCCAGGGCAGUGUGGGGCGGGCACCAUGGGAAAGGAGGCACUCUUUGGAAUGACAAGGACUGUGUGUGGGUGUGGGGACAGCCUGUGACCAGCCUCCAAGCCACCCUUGAGCGAAAACUCUGGCCCCCGUUUUCCAGAUGAGGAAAUGGAGGUUCAGACAAGUGCAGCCACCUACUCAAGGUCACACAGCUCGUAAGUGAUGGCCAGGACUUGGAACAAAUCCAUCCCACUCUAAACAACAAGACAGGUUUCUUCUUCUUCUUCUUCUUUUUUUUUUUUUUUUUUUUAAGACAGAGUCUUGCUCUGUCACCUAGGCUGGAAUGCAGUGGCGAGAUCACAGGUCACUGCAGAAUCAAACUCCUGGGUUCAAGCAAUCCUCCCGCCACAGCGCAGGGACUGAGUAGCUGGGACUACAGGUGUGAGCCACCACACCCAUCUAAUUUUCUUGUUUUUGGUAGAGAUGUGGCCUCGCUAUAUUGCCCAGGCUGGUCUCAAACUCCUGGGUUCAAGCGAUCCUCCCACCUCAGCCUCCCAGAGUGUUGGGAUUACAGGCAGGAAUCACUGUGCCCAGUGCAGGAUGGGUUUCUUAAAUAGUGGGAGAGGGGAUGGGAUAAGGGAGGAAUCUGGUGAAAAUGCAUAUUCCUAGGCCUCAGCCUACUUGAUCCUCCCAACCUUAUGAGUAGGUACUGUCAUUAUCCCAGGAAGUGGCGAACUGAGCCUCUUCUAUGACAUAACAGGUAGAAAGUGCUUAGCGCACAACUUAGCAUGCAGUAGGUGCUAAAUACAUCUCUGAAUGAUGCGGUGCCAAUAAUGAUAGUUGAGGUUAAUAUAGCAAACACUGAGCACCUCCUACGUUACAGGCAUUAUCCUUUUCCUCCUCUUUUUCUUUCUUUCUUUUUUUUUUUAAAGAGAUAGGGUCUCACUCUGUUACCCAGGCUGGAGUGGAGUGGUGUGAUCACAGCUCCUGUAGCCUUGACCUCCUGGACUCAAGCGAUCCUCCCACCUGAGCCUCCUGAGUAGCUGGGACUACAGGCAUGCACCACCAUGUCUGGCUAAUUUAUUUUUGCCAAGAUGGGGUCUCCCUAUGUUGUCUAGGCCAGUCUCCAACUCCUGGGCUCAAGUGAUCCUCUCACCUCAGCCUCCCAAGAUGCUGGGACUAUAGGUGUGAGCCACUGCGCCCAGCCAGGCAUUAAUCUAAGCCGAAAGGAUACAGGAAUGAACAAAAUAGAGGGGUCUGAACCCUGCUUACAGAGUUUACAUUCAGGGCCUUGGACAGUAAAUAACUAAA